AUCUGCCACCGACAAGUCAUGUUCGUCGCCCGCCACCUCCACGCGUCGCUUCGCGCUGGCCAGGCCACGAAGGCCUUCUCCGCCCUCGCCGGCCUCGACUCCACUAAGACGAUCAUCCACAAGACGAUGCAUCCCAAGGCCAAGGUGGCCAAGGAGACGCUGACGUUUGGCACGACGUUCACGGACCACAUGCUCGAGAUCGAUUGGGACCAGAAGACGGGCUGGGGCAAGCCCUUGAUCCGCCCGUAUGGCCCGCUCAGCGUGGACCCGGCGAGCAGCUCGUUGCACUACGCGCUGCAGUGCUUUGAAGGCAUGAAGGCGUACAUCAACGACGAUGGCAAGAUCCGUCUCUUCCGCCCCGACAUGAACAUGGCCCGCAUGAACAACUCGAUGGAGCGUCUCUUCCUGCCGACGUUCGACUCGGAGGAGCUCAUCAAGUGCAUCGAGCAGCUCGUCUUGCUCGACAAGGACUGGAUCCCCAAGGGCGACGGCUACUCGCUCUACCUGCGCCCGACCGGCAUUAGCACCCACCCCCACAUUGGCGUCGGUGCGUCGACCAAGGCCAAGGUGUUUGUGAUCCUGUCGCCGGUCGGGCCGUACUACCCCGAAGGCUUCAACCCCGUCAAGCUCUUUGCCGACGACACGUACGUCCGCGCGUGGCCCGGCGGUACCGGCAACACCAAGGUUGGCGGCAACUAUGGCGCGACGAUCAUGCCGCAGAUGGAGGCCAACAAGAAGGGCUACUCGCAGAUUCUGUGGCUCUUUGGCGAGGAGCACUUUGUGACUGAAGUCGGCACGAUGAACCUCUUUGUCUACUGGAUCAACGACGCCGGCGAGAAGGAGCUCGUGACGGCGCCGCUGCACCGUGGCGACAUUCUCCCGGGUGUCACGCGUGACUCGAUCCUCGAGCUCACGCGCGGCUGGGGCGAGUUCAAGGUCUCGGAGCACACGAUCACGAUGCCGUCGAUCGUCAAGGCGCAAAAAGAAGGGCGCCUCCUCGAGAUCUUUGGCUCGGGCACGGCCGCGGUCAUCUCGCCUGUCAAGCUCAUCAACUACAACGGCGAGGACAUUGACGUGCCGCUCGACGCCGAAGACGGCAAGAGCGGCCAGCUCACCAAGCGCAUCUGGAAGGAGAUGACCGACAUCCAGUAUGGUCGCAAGCCGCACCCGUGGUCUGUCGUCAUCAACUAAGUCGUUUCGUGUCGUACUAGAAUAUUGCCGCCGCAAAUACACUCCACCUUGUUUCUCUUCGUGU